AUUAAGCACUUGACUUGCUUCCAGGCAAAGGUUGUCUGAAGCUUGUUGCUCACACCGAGUUCUGGAGAACGCCAUCAGCUAGCUGCUUAAAAUUAAACCACAGGUUCCAUUAUGGGUCGACUUGAUGGGAAAGUCAUCAUCCUGACGGCCGCUGCUCAGGGGAUUGGCCAAGCAGCUGCCUUAGCUUUUGCAAGAGAAGGUGCCAAAGUCAUAGCCACAGACAUUAAUGAGUCCAAACUUCAGGAACUGGAAAAGUACCCGGGUAUUCAAACUCGUGUCCUUGAUGUCACAAAGAAGAAACAAAUUGAUCAGUUCGCCAAUGAAGUUGAGAGACUUGAUGUUCUCUUUAAUGUUGCUGGUUUUGUCCAUCACGGAACUGUCCUGGAUUGUGAGGAGAAAGACUGGGACUUCUCGAUGAAUCUCAAUGUGCGCAGCAUGUACCUGAUGAUCAAGGCAUUCCUUCCUAAAAUGCUUGCUCAGAAAUCUGGCAAUAUUAUCAACAUGUCUUCUGUGGCUUCCAGCGUCAAAGGAGUUGUGAACAGAUGUGUGUACAGCACAACCAAGGCAGCUGUGAUUGGCCUCACAAAAUCUGUGGCUGCAGAUUUCAUCCAGCAGGGCAUCAGGUGCAACUGUGUGUGCCCAGGAACGGUUGAUACGCCAUCUCUACAAGAAAGAAUACAAGCCAGAGGAAAUCCUGAAGAGGCACGGAAUGAUUUCCUGAAGAGGCAAAAGACGGGAAGAUUCGCAACUGCAGAAGAAAUAGCCAUGCUCUGCGUGUAUUUGGCUUCUGAUGAAUCUGCUUAUGUAACUGGUAACCCUGUCAUCAUUGAUGGAGGCUGGAGCUUGUGAUUUUAGGAUCUCCAUGGUGGGAAGGAAAGCAGGCCCUUCCUAUCCACAGUGAACCUGGUUAUGAAGAACACUCACCAAUCAUCUCCUUCCUGUUAACCACAUGUUAAUGAAAAUAAGCCCUUUUUAAUGAUGUCACUGUUUGCAAGAGUCUGAUUCUUUAAGUAUAUUAAUCUCUUUGUAAUCUCUUCUGAAAUCAUUGUAAAGAAAUAAAAAUAUUGAACUCAUA